AUGCGCUCCGCUUCCCUCUCCGUCGCCAGAACCGAAAAGCCUCCUAUACCGUCCAUGCUGCAGCCCCGCGUCGCCGUCGUGCUCAACGUGCCUCAGCCAUGGCAUCCCUGGCUCUUCGCCUUGCGACUUUGCUCGAUCCUGCCGGCUCUGUGGUGGGGGCUACCCUCGCUACUACGCUUGCUGCUUCACUUCUUGCCAGGCCCGCCUGAUCAGUUCAUGCUCGUCAAACAAAUUGCCAUCUCGGGCAGCAAUAUGGAUGCUCUCCAGACAUCUCUCUUGCUCAUCAACUAUACUCCUCAUGCCACCUUGGUUCGCCUUGCAUCUAUCAACGCCGUCAAUGCCUACCUUACCCUCACCGUGUUAUCCCUUACGGGGGGAUUCCAAGACCCACGACUGCUCCUCCCCGGCUGGGUCAGCAUAGCAACCUCCCUCACCAUUUGCUACCACGUCACGCAUUCCAAAAUCAACAUUCGAAAAGAAACAAUCACCUCGGUCAACGUCUUCUCCAUAGCUAGCUACAUCACUAUGGUUGUGUUGUUAGCUCACAUGCAGUGGUACAAGCCCGACUACCCCACCAUGCCCAUUGUAUCAAAGGGCAGCCGCCUCUGGCAAAACGGCAAACGCCUCCUAGCCAACGUCAAGGCGCUGAUUAACGAACACGCCCAACAGUAA